CCGGCCCCGCCCCUCCCUCUGAGUAGGGCACAGAACGCGCCACCUUUGCAGCCACUGGGUUCCCGCGCGUCCCCGGAGUUCUCAGCCUUCCCGACCACGGGCCCCGCAGCAUGGCUGUCAAGAAGAUCGCGAUCUUCGGUGCCACCGGAAGGACCGGGCUCACCACCCUGGCGCAGGCGGUGCAAGCAGGUUACGAGGUGACGGUGCUGGUUCGAGACCCCGGCAAGCUGCCGUCAGAGGGGCCCCAGCCAGCCCACGUGGUGGUGGGAGACGUUCGGCAGAUGGCCGAUGUGGACAAGACCGUGGCUGGGCAGGACGCCAUCGUCGUGCUGCUGGGCACUGGCAACGACCUCAGUCCCACUACAGUAAUGUCCGAGGGCGCCCGGAACAUUGUGGCAGCCAUGAAGGCGCACGGAGUGGACAAGGUCGUGGCCUGCACCUCGGCCUUCCUACUGUGGGACCCGGCCAAGGUGCCCCCUCGCCUGCAGGACGUGACGGAUGACCACAUCCGGAUGCACAAGGUGCUGCAGGAGUCAGGCCUGAAGUACGUGGCCGUGAUGCCCCCGCACAUAGGGGACCAGCCACUAACCGGGGCGUACACGGUGACCCUGGAUGGACGAGGGCCCUCGAGGGUCAUAUCCAAGCAUGACCUGGGCCACUUCAUGCUCCGCUGCCUCACCACCGAUGAGUAUGACGGGCACAGCACCUACCCCUCCCACCAGUAUGACUAGGACCCUGGCCCUGCUAGGGGUGGCACCCGAGAAAUAACACACACAGAAGCAUCAAUAAAUUUCUAGCCAAGAGCUUCGUAUUCAGGAGCCCGA